AACGCUGUCACCGCACGGAACUUCGCCGACUCGGAAAGACUUUACCUGCUGCCUUCUGUAGUCUGGGUCUCUCUGCUCCUGGGAUAGAGAUGUCACCGCCACUGGCAAGCCAUCACGAGCACCUCUCUGGAUCUGAGCUUGCUCCUAGUCAUACGCCACAGGCGCCGGUCUAUGAUGUUGCGCUUGGCGGGAGUGCUCUGCCCAUCCAGAAAUCGAUCGAGGAAGAACCACAGUCUUUUAGUGCAGAGCACUCGUCGGCAGAAUCCAAAGCAAGUUCCAGUCAACAGUCUGUCGAAAAUGAAAGAGACGUUGCCCAGAUUGACGGCUUGGUACUUCCCACUUUACCAGUAUUAGGGCCUGGAGAAUAUGCGCUCGCUCUCCCGGUUGAAGGCAAGAUCCAGUCUGUCUAUUCCGACAUCAUCAAGUCCAAGAAGAAGGCAAUCUUGAAAUUCCUCAAUCGGCAUGACUCUGUUGGCUCCGCCAAUGGAUCUCCCACCCGUACACAAGAGCGGAUCGAAAUGAUGGAAAUGAUCCAACAGCUCAACGACACGGUUACUCACAUGGACCUUGGUCUCCCUGGAACUUUUACACAGUAUUCCAUUCAGUCAGAGGCAGAGGCAGCUUAUGCCAACUACGCAGGGUCCAAAUUUUCUCUUCUGGGUCACCUGGUUGACAUGCUUGCCCAUGUUGAAUGCUCCAUCGUCGUCAUGAGUCAAGCAGGGCCGGUACAAGACCUGAUUGAGCAAUACUUGAAGCUCAAACACAUCACUGUGAGACGACAGGAUCGUGCGAUUACUUUAAGCUCGUCGGAGGUGGAGCGUUCUCGAAAUGAAUUCCAGGUCGAAUUGGUCAGCACUUUCUCGACAUGUCAACUAGCGUUUCCUAUGAAACCUAUUUUGAUCAUUGCAUUCGAUGCGUCAUUCGAUUCGCAAGAUCCACAAGUUAUGCGUAUCAGACAGUACUUCUCUCCGAGACCUCCAACAUUGUUACCUGUGGUGCAUUUCCUUGUAUCCAACUCAUCUGAGCACGUGGAUCGAUGUCUGCCGAAAGACAUGCCUUCCCCAUCAAGGUUGAAGCUUCUUGUACGUGCGACGUAUCAAGCUCGACCAAAUCUCGGAGGAAGGCCGACUUAUGUCCCCGAUCCUUCAGAUGAACCCGAAGGCCGUGCUAUGGACAUGGCAGAUCUCCAACGAGGUCUGCGAAAGACCCCAGAGCGCAAACUUGCCAUCUUUGCACAAGUGAUCACCAGGGCCUCAUUGGCACUGGACUGGGCAAGCAACUGGACUCUUCCGAUGCCUCGGCUGCAAUUGACAGAUAUGGACCUAGGUCCAUUAAGAUCCAGUGGUGUCCCAACAAUGGCUCCGACACCUCAAGAACCCAUUCGAUCCAGAACUCCUGCGUCAAGAUCUGGAACACCAUCCGGCAAGAGACGAAUGUUGGACGUUGACAGUGUUCUUCCUGCUUUGAUCAAGCGGCAGAGGUUGACUCCUCUCCAGGACUCGGCAGAAGCGGCCACCAAAAGUGAACCACCCAAUGACCAACUGCAACAGAUGCAGGAGCUUGUCAACAAGUUACAGGCUGAUCUUCAAACCGAACGUGAAGCCAAACAAAAGGCCGAAGAAGAAAGGACGCGGAUCCAAGAGCAAUUGGAGAAGUGGAAGGAGGAUCACGCCAACCUUCAACGACGUUACGAAAAACGAAUGACGAAAUGCCACGAAUUAGAUUUUUCCACCAAGAAGCUCCAAAAGAUUAUUGAUAAUAAUAAAUCCCGACAGGAGAGAACCGCCGAGGAUAACGUGUCGCUCAAGCGAAAAGUGGCCGAGCUUCAAGCAGAGUUGACGACUGUGCGAGAAGAAGUCAAAGCUGGUGGUGGCGAUGCAGCUGCAUUGGAAGCCGCUCGUGAAGAGGCUCGUGGGCUCCAGGCAAAGAACGUGUACCUUGAAAAGUCACUAGAGAACACACGCAAGGACUUUGAGUUUACGCGAACACAAUAUCAAGAAGCCUCUAACAAAGCCGCCGAGUUCGCCGGACAAGUUCAAGAACUCGAGACCAAAGUUGCCGAACUCACCCAGCAAGCUGGCGAUGAGAAGCGCCGUCUCAAAGAACAAAGUCACACUUACAGUCUUCAAAAGCACUUUGCGAAGAUACAAGAGCUAGAAUUGGGCAUCCACAGCCGAGAAGUGCGACUAAAGAGGCUCGAAGAAGAGAAUCGUCAAUUGAAGCGUACUCGAGGUGUCCAGACCCGAGGAUCUAGUGUUCAACCUCCAGGAAGUCCAAAUUUGGAUGGCCCCGGCAGAGGAACCAGAAGUCGACAAGCGAGUCCAGCUGCAGGAUUGUUUUCCAAUACUCAUCAUGCGGCAGGAUCUAACAGGGGAAGCUUACUGAGACAUCAAGAGAGGUAACUUUGCGUUGGACUUUCUCGAAGAUGGACUUUCCAAGGGAAGAUGAUGAUAAUUUUCGACAUGCCCUCGUGGCGGUCAGUACUGUAGCGUUGAGAAGGUCUCGGCGGUCGGGCCCGGUGGGUGAGCGGAACAAGAUUGACAUCGGUUAUCAGUACCCUGCAACAUACCUGAGAUUUGGCUGAGAAAGGUCGUGACGAGGGAUUUGGUGACCAUUUGCAGGGUUCGUGCGCGUGUCACAAACAAAGGAUAUAAAUGGUUUCUUUUGCUGCGAGGUUUUCCUCAAGGAUUGAACAGUCUAACGGUCUUGGGCUUGGGAAUGCGAUGGGCGAGAGUUUGAAGGCUGAAGUGCCUUUAGGUAGAUACCUCCUACUGAACAUGGUUUGUUGCUCCUGCAACGGGAAAUGCGAAGACAGAAUUCUCUCUCUCCCCCUCUGAAUAGGUCAAUCGGACGAGAUAGAGAGGGACGAGGGGAAGACAGUCGUUUAGAAGAGAGCAUGUUUC